AUCAGACUGUGAGCAUUGACCAUAAAAGGCAGGUGGUGAACAUAGACAAUCACAAUGGCUGGAAUUCUUGGAGCACCGUCUUGGAUUACCGUACUGGCUUCAUGGCAAUCCGGUUAUUGUCCAAGAAAUCCUGCUUCGUCACCAAAAUUAAUAAACAGAUCAUGCCAGACACAGCCACUCUUUCCAAAGCCAUCCAGGAAAAGCAGAAGGAUCACAAAGGAGGUCCUGCCCCAAAGGAGGUCUCCCUCACUGUCUCCCACAAGGAGAUCCCAGACCUGUCCAUAUAUGGGAAGCAGGUGGAGACUUUUUGCAAAAGGAUCCCCAGCUAUCUUGCUUCUGAAGUUAAAAGUGAGUAUCGCUUUUUGGUCUCUUUGAAUAAACCCUUUAGCACUUUGGAGGAAAAACCUGCUGUCACCAAAAAGUCCCCUAGAUGUGAUAUUUCCUAGGUAGAUACCCCCAAAAUAGUGUCAGCUGAUGGCCGCCGCUCUCCAUGAGGGAGGCUUUUGCAGAGGAGGAGAAAAACCUUGGAUGGGACCUAGAAGCUGAAAGAGGAGCAGAGCAGAUGCUGAGCAGCGAUACAGAACUUUUGCAGAGAGUUUGACCACCAGAGGGGUCCCUGAGGCCAUGAAGUCCCACCCCGUGCUCAGGGCAGGGUUCUAAAUUCAGGCAUCUUCAGGAAAGGGAAAGGUUACAGCCCAUGAUUAGGAAAGGUACUUGUGCAAUAGAGCCUACGAUGGGCUGACUUUCUCUUUUUUAUUAUUUAUAUUUACUGAGAAUGUUACAUAAAGUAAAAGACAAAUCUAAAGAAAAAGCAAGAAAAGGAAAAAAAGGAAAAAGGAAAAAGGUGCAGGAAAAGAAAAGGUAUUAAGUAUAAUGACUUCCGAUCUUCGCUACAACAGAUAAUUACAAUCUCAGUGGGUUGACUUUCUCCAGCCACAGAUCUUGGCUGACAACGGGCAGAACUUCAAUUGCUCUGUUGCGGCCACCAUCUUGACUUUUUUGACCACACCCUGGGGAUACAGCAGAGAAAAUAGGUUGUCAGGGUGUGCUCGUCCUGAGCUCAGGUGUUUGUGUGGUGAGUGGCCUAACACCAACCCACUAAAGUUCUGGUGUAGAAGUUGUAAAGAGAGAAGAAAACUAAUUUUAAUAGCCUUGGAUGUAGCACUGGGAUGAUUCAGAAUGCCC